AGUGUUUAUGUGUAUUCUUUGAGAUAGAGAAAAAAAAAUCUAGUGUGACAAAGUAAACCAAUAUCUAGCUUCCCAAGAUUUCAAUACCAAAAAUGAAAAAUGAAAAUCUAGCUCAUGGUAGUGGUCGUGGAAAAGUAAUUGAUGAAUUACGAAGAGGGCGUGAACUUGCAAACCAACUAAAAAAUAUUCUGAAUGAAAGUGGUGAUUUUGAUGAUAUUAAUGGAUCAACAACACCAUUUGCUGAAGAUCUUUUAAAGGAAGUGCUUACAACCUUUACUAAUUCCCUAUUGUUCUUGAACAAUAAUCCUACUUCAGAAGGCUCUGAUAUGCAACUCACCAAAUCUGAGGAUUCUUUAGAGAGUAAUUGCAAGAGUACUUCCAUUGUUAAGGAACGUAGAGGCUGUUACAAAAGAAGAAAAGUUUCACAAACAUGGGAGAAGGAGUCUGAUCGUCCUGUGGAAGAUGGUCAUCAAUGGAGAAAGUAUGGGCAAAAAAAGAUCUUGCACACCGAUUUUCCAAGGAACUAUUACAGGUGCACUCACAAACAUGAUCAAGGUUGCAAAGCAACAAAACAAGUGCAACAAAUUCAAGAGGAUCCACCUCUUUACAAAACAACCUACUAUGCCCAUCAUACUUGUAGAAUCUUGCAAAGCUCUGAGAUCAUAAUGGAUUCUCCUUGUGACCAGUCUUCCAUGUUCCUUAGCUUUGACAACUCUUUCCCAACACCAGCCAAACAAGAUUGCCCUUUUCUCUCAUCUUCUUAUCCAUCAACAUCAUCAUCAUCAGUGAAAAGGGAGGAUUGCAAGGAAGAGAUUGUUCAUCCUCCUCCUUCUUCAAAUGAUUACCUCUCUGGACUAACUUUUGAUGAUCCAGAAAAGGAUGUCACACUAUCAUCAACACUUGAUUCUCAUGAUCAUUUAGGUGUCAACAUUCCUGAUAUCAUGUAUGAUGAUGUCCUUAAUUGGCCUCUUUCUUGAAAUAUGUCAAUGAAUUAUCCUUUGUUUAAGUUUUUGAGUGUGUUUUUCUAAUAUGAAUUUUAGUCUAGAAAAAGUAAUGUAAAUUUGUGCAACACUAUGUAACAAUGGACUUGGAUUUGAACAUGAUGGAUGAAGAACACAUGAUUGAGAGAAGAGACCACACUAAAGAUGGUUAGACAAAUUUCUCGACAGAUAUUAAUCAUCGACAAAGUCGGUCAAUAUCAUCAUGGUUAAAAAAAAACUUGUGCAAGAUGCAGUACGACGAGAGGUUAUAUAUAUAUGGUGGUAGCUAGCUUUGGCUCCGUAUUAUGUAAAAUAUGUUUUGUACUUAUCCAUUUUAAGUGAACGAGAAUUAAUGAAAAUGUGACAUAAUUUAUCAAUAA